AUGUCUCCUGCCGCAGAUGUUACGACGACGGAACCCGAAGGAAAGGGCAUGUCCAAAGUACGGGAGCCAGUAUGGAAGGAUUCCAGGUCUCCUUGCUUCGCCAGCAUUGGUGGAUCUGAAAUGGGACCGAAUCCCGGAAUAUGCGCGGGUUACAAUGCAUACUAA